GCACAAGAAGGCAAGAGGCGUGCUGGUAGGAGGGAGAAGUGGCGCUGUGGAGGGUACAGGGGCCGAGGGUGGGCGUGCACAGGUGCAUGAUUGUGGAGGUGUUGUGAGCAGCUCAUGUGCUGAUGGUGAUGCUGCUCGCACUUGUACUGUGGUGGGCACACAGGAGGGUGGGUUGGUGGAGGACACGGGGAGCGAGGAAGAGAGUGUGGAUGCAGAACGCAGUGCAGGGGAGUGCACGAGGCAGGAGGGCGGGGAAGGCGAGGUGCAGUUGGCAGCAGGUGACGGCAGUGGCGGCAGUGGCGGCAGUGGUGGCAGUGGCUGCAGUGCAGGUGUGGGUGAUGGCGCUGUGGAGGACGUGCCUUGGCAGCAGCAGCAGGUGGAGGGGCAGCUUGGGGGUGAGGUGGAGGCGGCCCUUGCAGCACAGGGCAGUGCGGUGGAAGGCAUGCACGGCAGUGAUGGCAGCAGGCAGGGAGGCGGUGAGGAAGAGGCGCUGGGGUUGACGAGCAGGGGGAGUGAGGUGGUGGUGUUGGGGAGUGGAGAGGGAGGGGAUGGUCGGGGUGGUGGAGGGAGCAGGGGGGACGGCGACAUGUGGGGUGAUACGAUGCUUGGUAGCAGGGUGCAGCGAGGGAUGGGUCGUGGGACCAGUGGUGGAGGUGGUGGGACUUUCUUGGGUGGAAAUGAUGCGAGUGGAAUUGUGGUGCUGGCGCAUGUGAGGGUGCCCUUAUCCGCGCUGCACGUGGUGCUGCUAGUGGCGCGCCCGUCUCUCCUGGCGCGCUGCCUCACUGCCUUCGCAGGGAUCAUCUGGGGGCCACGACCCUGGCGCUUGGGGGCACGCGAGGACGACAGGCGAGGGGAGAGGGGAAGGGGGGCUGAGUGGGGGAUGGCGGAUGGGCAUGGUGACGGCAUGGAGAGGGAGGGAGGGGGCCGCAGGUGUCGACUGCUCCUGUCAAACGGACCAAGCACGCCACCACGUGCACAGGCGAUUGAACAGGGGCGGAUCGAGGGAGACGGUGAGGGUGAGAUGGAGGGAGAGGCAGGGGGACACACGAGCGUGCAAGAGCACGAGCAGGUGCCUCUUGCAGCAACUCCUCCUCCCAUCACACCCGUUGCUUCCUCACCCAUGCCAUGCCUCCCUGCACCUGCUGCCACCACACGCACACACCAACCCUGCACGGCUCUCGCCCCUUUGCCUGCCAACCCCGCACCGCCUGUGGGUGGACCUCCCGUAACUGUUCCACACACCCCACCACCUUCACCACUUCCCAUCUCCACGCCGCCAUCAUCACUUACACUCUUGACAGCAGAAUCUGAUGCAGCAGCACCAUCUCGGCGACCGCACCACCACCCUGAUCUCAAACCAGUCAACGAGCAGCAACCACACCGAAUGCAUUCCCAACGAUUCCCUCACCGCUCUUCCUCUCUGCCAUCGCACACAUGCCAUCCUCUCCCCCACCUGCCCAUUGUGCUGCCAGCAUCAGCAUGCGUGCCGCACGUGGGCCUGGCGCAGCAGCUGAGCGUGGUGGCGUGGGAGCGCGUGCUGGCGGCCAUGGCGGAGGGCAGGCGAGUGGAUGCCGCCCUCUGGAUGACCUGCCAGGCGCUCCUUGCUGCCACCCUCGCUGCUGGCUCCAUGCUGGGCAG